UCUUCAGAACACUCUUCACAAGCAGCCUUGGAUAGCCUAACGGCUAUCCAAGCGGCUGAGUAUGAUGAUGUGGAUAAUGAAGUCAUGAGGACAAUCAUUGUUAAGAAAAAGUAAGCACAGAUUCAGCCCUGAUGAUAGGGUGUUCCACCUAAAAGGACCGCUCAAGGAAGGCAAGAGAAGGGGUGGAGACAAAUGAAGGGUUUGAGACAUCCCUCUCAAGAAAGCAUUCAACCACUGAGACUUCUGAGGCUACUCCUGCUGCAAAUCCUGAUGAUAUAAGCUAGCCCCAUUCAUGAAGGAUAAAACCAGGCUUGGAGUCAGCUGUGAUGUCUGAGUUGCCAAGAUUUCAAUCUACAAGUCGUAUAAAUAAGUUUUAAAAAGGCAGAAUACAAGCUAGAUAUCCAACUUGAAACUGAGGAGCGAAGGUUUGCUUCUCUGGUGAAGCAACAAGAAGACACAGACUCAGAAAUUGAAAACUUAAACAACACUUUCCCUGCCCCAGAAAAUUAUGAUGAGGAGAUUAUCUCGCAUCAACGAGAAAUCAAGGCUCAAACUCAGAGAUUGGAGGAGUUUUCAAGGGUGUCUCUGCAGACUCAAUCCUUGCUCGAUUUCUAUGAAACCGAGCUAGCCAGAGUCUCUGAAGAAACUAAAGAAAGACAGCAUCAAAUAGUUGAACUCGAUAAGGAAAUAAAUGAUCUUGAUUCUGACCAUAACGAGGUUAACUACCUCUAAUCCAUGAAGCUAAGGAUGAACUAGGUGUUUACGAGCAAAAUUUCAUUGAUAAGCUCCAUGAAAACACGAGCAUAAUGACGGAUUCCCUCGGAAUCACCUACAAACAGAGAAUGCAACAUAGCAUCAAAAUAUCACCUCUCACGAAUGGACUUUUGAAGAGCUCAAAAAUGACAAGUAAUAGCUCAUCUAUCCCUUUGAAUAGAUCGAGGAAGAAAGAAAGAGCAAAUCAGACAAGUCAUAGUUUAUGAACCAAUGCAGAUGGUUCCUCCAAAUGUGUCAUCUUCUAGCCAAUUCUAAUAGUUUCAAUAUCA